CUCACCGUCGACAUCCUUCCAGCGUAUCGCAAAACACCCCUCCUUCCCCACGCCAGACAUGGUCUGUGUGCUGUCUUAACCACACUGGCACCAUGUCGUGAAAUUUCACGUUCACGCUAUUUUUCUCGACCCGUCCUCGGGUCUCGUAGAGUGCUGCGACGGCGCAAAAGCUGCGUCGUCGUGUUUCCAGACACCGUCCCACGCUUUCUCUUUCGGAAGCGUCAAGACACAGCCCGCAGCCAGCAAACAAUCACCCGAGCGGGUAGAUUGCUGGCAGAAGCAUCUUGCCAGCGGUUUACACCAUCUGGGCGUGUCCAACUGGGAACUCUUUCACGCCUGCAUUCGCCGGAGUUCUUCUUGUCGCAUCGCCCGCAUUCCCUCAUUUCUGUCUGCCCGACUAGAAGCAAGGUGUUUGGGGAACAGCGCGUACCUUUUCUUUCGUUCUAUCGCUGCUAAUGCCUUUUCCUUCCUGCACAGCGCUUUGCUUGUAAAGAAAGAUGACAACGUCACGCAAUGGCGCCCCCUCUAGGCCGGGCAGCUCCCGCGCGACCAGUGUCGUCCGCGAGAUCAUGAAGAGGCGCGAAAAGCCUUACAAAACCGAGAAGCAAAGAGUUCUUACGAAGAAGCGAAAACUCGAGCUCCAUACGUCGUACAGAAACGCGCCUGAUGGCUACAUAUUCGUACCGGUGGGGACACCGGAUCUCUCGGAAAAGUGCAAAGAGCUGUCCCGACAAGCGGGCUUUGCGGUGAACGUUGUCAACGCAGCACCGGUCAGCAAACAUGCCGUCGAUCCCGAGAAAAUCUCGCAUCACAUCCAUCGCAUCGGAUACCAUUUCAAAGCUGAGAUGGUUGCUCAGGCCUGCGAAGAGCUCGGCUACCUUCCUGUGCGUGGAAACUUCGUCAAAGAAGCUGACCUGCAAGCGCAAUCUCAGCAGAGCCACAUCGCGCGAAUCAUGGCGCAGCAUGGCAUCCACGUCGAUCCAACCACAGCGCGGGAGACGCCCGCUCAAGUACGGGCUGCGAUCAAAGAGCUGUUUCCUAGGAUCCCCAACGAUGAUUUGGAUCAGAUUGUGCAGCAUGCCUGGGAGGAAGGCAGCCAACGCGUCGGCACGAACGCACAGUUGAAUCUGCCCCGGCGUGUUCAGCUUGCCGUCAUCGCUAGGAUCCGUCACAGGUAUACUGACUACGAUCGAUUGCUCCGCGCAUUUGAAUGGAGAGAGGCACGCUCGAUCAUCGAGCAGGAGUGCUUGAAGAAGCUCAUCGAGUGGCGAGGCGAGAACGAAGAUGAAGGCGGUGACGAUGAAUUGGAAGAGAUUGUUCGCGAAACGAUUGUAAUCGACGACGACGACGAAGAUUCGAACCGCGGACCGAACGGCAACGAGGCUGAUGAUGAAGACUCGGAGCUCGAGAUUGGAGAGACAAGUGAUACGAGCAUCGAGUUCACUCAUCAUGUCACUGCCGUGGAAGACUUUGGCGCCGAGAGUCUUGAUGAGAGACCGAACAACUUCUUCCGACGCGUCAACCCGCGAGCGCUCAGAACCGAGCAGCAAAACAACAUUGCGAGGGAGAAGAUCGGUGCUGCAAGGCGGCAACUGCGGGACAAUCAACUUGCUCCGCCUUCAGCUGAGGUUGAAUCUGUCACUGUCAGAACGGAUGAGAGGGGGCUGCCUCCAAACACAAUCCUUGUUGACGGCAGGAUAUAUCAUCUCGACCCGAACCCAACCCAACAAACGCCGCGUCCAGUCCAAGGAUAUGGUAGCUACGGCCACCAAUUUCGUGAUACUGGUUCGCGUGAUGCUACGCAAAGCUAUGCUGUACCAACGCAUCAAGCAGCACUGGCACAGCCCAUCGACUACGUCAUGCCCUCCAUCGAGCCCCCGGAGUCAGCAGCGACGCGAGGACCGUAUCAUCCGACGACACCCGAUCGAGGCCAUAGUUCCAAACGCCGCCGGAUUGACUACUCCCCCCAUCAGCAACAGCCGGCCCAUGCAUAUCAGGCGACUUAUUCACAGGCCCCUCGCAGUCCACGGAUGGGUCUUGUACCGCUGGCGAGAGGGGAGGUCAUUGAUCUUACUAUUCCACAUGCACAACGGUCGAACGAGAAUGUCAUUGAUUUGACUGAGUCUCCACCUCGCCAUCAUCAUUUGAGCAACCAAGGUCCCAUGAGAGUGGCUCAAUCAACGAACGUCCAGAACUAUCCACAUGGUCUUGAUGGCACCGGUUUCAGCGGCAGUCUGCGUGGCCGUCCUUCUGCCGGCCCCAGAGCAGACGACAGAGAUGCAGCCAGACAGUCGCGCAAGCGUGAAGCUGAACUCGAGCCCGAGCCGUACGAUCCCACUCGGCCCUGGUUGGAUUUGUCGAGUCGCGAGCACCAUCGCGGUGGAAACACAGACUUUUCGCGCCCAUACCAGACCGCGGCAACUGCGGCGCCAUCGCACGUACCCCAGCACACAUCAUACCCAGCCUACAAUACUUUCGGGCAACCCCUUCACAACACCUACUCAGCUUCCUCCAACGCCAAUCCUCCGCAACAGCAACCCUCAUACUACUACGCCCAUCAGCAGCCACAAGCCUCUCAAUACCAUGGCAUGCCUCCUCCACCUUUCCAACCAAUUCACGGAGCUCCGGCGCCGGUGCAACGGGCUCCGUUCGAUGGGAGGAAUGCAGCUGCUGGCACAGGCUCGCAGAACUUGGCUCCACAGCCGUAUAUGCCAUUUCUACAGCCCCCGCCUUCUUCACAGCCUAUGCAUGGCGCGCCGCACCCUGCACAGUACUAUUCGCGAUGAGAAAUACAGUCGGCGGGUGAGAAAAGGUGCCUGAAGUGGCUAAGACCAUCAUCGGAAUAGCAUCCAAGGAAGUACGCGCGUUGCAUAGUUAAGAUCGGCAACAGUGAAAGGUCUCGCGCGAGUCUGUAUGUACAAGCGUAUGCAUCGUCAAUGACAUCUCCAAUC